AUGAAUGUCCCAGCUAUCAGGAAUCUGUUGACAACGUACCAGAUGGAUAAAUCAGACACCAGUGACUCAAACACAGAGGAAGAUGAGGAUAAACUGGCAAAAAAGAAGGAAUCAUUAUCCAUAGAUUUAAGCCGCACCCUUCGGACUAGGCAGUUGGUCAUAAACUUUCAUGGUGGUCGACCUGUUCUGAGUCUCAGGGCACCGCUGGACCUCGUUAACUUCACAACUUCCUAUCCCCGUUGGCCCAUAGAGUGUGAAGUCAUCAGUGAUGUUAUCCAACACAUAGAGUGGGAACCUCCUGAACCAGAGCCUUUCUAUCAGCCCACCGGAGAUGAGAGGACACCCAUGCCAGUCACAGAGCAGCAGGGAAAGGUUGUUUACUGCAGUGACCUUGGUACCGUGUGUCACUAUUUUACCCACUCUCGUUUUGGGGGAAGCAGGGGGCCCAUUAAGAGUGCUACUUCCCAGGACAAUCACACAGAGUUCACCCUUGAGUUUGAAUCACGCUUUGAGAGCGGCAACCUUCAGAAGGCUGUCCAAGUGGGUGUGUAUGACUAUGAGCUCAUCCUGCGUACAGACAUGUAUACUAUGAAGCACACACAGUGGUUUUACUUCAGGGUUAGGAACACAAAGCCAGGAGUGACUUACCGCUUCACCAUCGUCAACCUGAUGAAGAGCAACAGUCUGUAUAAUCAGGGCAUGAGACCGCUUAUGUACUCUGAGAGGGCUGCUCAGGAGGAUGGUGUUGGAUGGAAACGCACAGGUUCCAAUAUCAGAUACUACCGGAACUACAGUCGGAAUAUAAAGGAGAACAGCAGUGACCCAGCUGGCUUGUACUCCCUCACCUGGACUCUGCAGUUCCCCUACGAAUCAGACACCUGCUACCUGGCCCACUGCUAUCCCUACACCUAUUCACACCUGCAGCGCUACCUUGGGCAGAUUUCUUCCAAUCCAGCAACGGCGUCAUACUGUAAAGUGCGCAUCUUGUGCCAAAGCCUUGCUGGGAAUGCCGUGUAUGUGCUGACAAUAACAUCUCGGGGGGCCAACCGGAGCGACAACAAGAAUAAGAAGGCUGUGGUGGUGACGGCACGAGUGCACCCCGGGGAAACCAACAGCUCCUGGAUUAUGGAGGGAUUCCUGGACUUUCUGCUUGGGGACUCAGAAGAUGCCCAAGUACUCAGGGAUAAUUUUGUUUUCAAGGUGGUGCCAAUGCUGAACCCAGAUGGUGUUGUGGUGGGAAACUACCGUUGCUCUCUAGCAGGCAGGGACCUCAACAGGAACUACCAGACCGGGCUGAAGGAUUCCUUACCUUGUGUGUGGUACACCAGAAAAAUGGUGGAAAGACUUAUUGCUGAAAUGGAUGUAGUGCUUUACUGUGAUUUUCAUGGCCACAACCGUAAAAAUAAUGCCUUCAUGUAUGGGUGUAACAACCAAGAUGAGGCCUCCCUCAAAUUCCAAGAGAGAGUCUUUCCACUAAUGAUGAGCAAGAAUGCCAAUGACAAGUUCUCCUUUAAGAGCUGUAGAUUCAGUGUGCAGAAGAGCAAGGAGGGCACAGGACGAAUUACCAUGUGGAGGCUUGGCAUCAAAAACAGCUACACCAUGGAGGCCACAUUUGGAGGAUCCACUCUGGAUGACAGGAGAGGAACCCAUUUUACAACUGGAGACCUAAAGUCCCUAGGUUUUUACUUUUGCGACACCCUGCUGGACUUCUGUGACCCCGAUUCAACAAAAGUCACCAACUGCUUAACAGAAUUGUAUGUGUUGCAAAAGGAGAUCAGAGAAACAUCUUGCAAAGAUUUGGGCACUGACACUAACAUCUCUCUCUCUGACCUGGAAACAAACACCAGUGGAUCCAAUAGUACAGAUUCAGAUGGACUUCCAGCUCAUUUGCUGCAUCAGCCACAAACUGUCUAUCCAGAGCAAACUCAAGUGAAGAAGAAGAAAAAACACUUGAGAACUCGGAAAGAAAGGAGCAAGCUCCGAAAAGACAGGGAGUCUAACGAACUUCAUGACAGGGCAGUUAAUGUGAGCAUCCAAGAACAGCCUGUUCUAAGACCCAGGGGGAAACUGCAGCAUAAAGGCCUCAUAAGAAAAAACAGGAUCUCUCUUCCCACCACCAACCCUGGUGAGGUAAAGAUGACUUGA